AUGAAAGACGGCGCCUGGCUGAUGGACGACGACCAAGCCGCGCUUGAUCUUGAAGGCGGAAAGGUUCAUAAGGACAUUCAAGCGUUGAUCGACGGAGAAAAGAUGAAGGUGACGAAGAAUUUGCAGCACUGGUUAUUCGAGAAGAACAAAAUGCAUCAACCAUCAUCGGACCAGAUCCACGUACUGGUGGUGAUUCCUUCGCCGAGUGUCGGGUCGAAGCGUCCAAUUGGUGAUGAAAUGGCUAGUAUAGUGAAAAGACUGAGACAACUGGAAUCUGAAUCGGCAGCCAUCAAGCUCGCGUUGACAGCCGUCAUGCCCAAGACGCUGACCAAGCUCACACCUUUGUCCGUGCAUGAAGACGAGUUUCGGCUCGACAAUCUGUCUAUCACGCUGCAGAGUGACGACCCAAUUGUCAUGACACCUACCUUGCAUAAGUUUUGGGAGGGAUUCGGCAGAUUCCCCCAAUUUAUUUCGUUCGGGUGGAGGAAGUGA